AUGCAUAAUAAUACCAUCGACCAAAACUUGGAAGUCAUCAAGAUUCGCGCCUCGGUCUACAAGUUGGUGGUGUCGCUGUGCCAGUACUGUGGAGACUUUGUGCCAUCUCAUGGCCGUCAGUUCUGCCCCCUGGUCCUGUCCAGUCUGGGGGAGAAGGAGCCUGGUGUGGUGGGUCCUCUCUGGGACGCCGUCCUUCUCACCACCAGCCUCUGCCAGGACUGGAGAGAGCAUGUAAAUGUGCCUAAGGCGGUGCUGCCAGGUCUGUGGCAGCUGCUGGGCGAGGGAGGCUACGGCUCUGCCAGACAGGUCUACCCCUGUCUCCUCCCUCUCCUUACCAGACUGGUCCAACAGGUCUAUCCGUCAGAUGUCAACUUUGCCGUAUCUUUCAUGGAUAAGUUGAAAAGCGGAGUGGAGGCAGGCAGUGUGCGAGGGUCAGUCUCAGAGAGUGAGGCGGUUCUCCAGACCUGCAGUCAGUGUCUCUGCCACCUCGUGGUGGCUGUGGAGACACACUCUCUCCCUCACGAUGAGAUACAGCAGUUCUAUGAGAAGCUGUUGGGCACGGCUCACUUUGCCAAGAUGGGAGCUCUCCUGAAGUCACUUGGGAACCGCUACUCUAAGCCAGACACUGACCGAAGGGUGACAUUUGAUCGAGUCACUGUUCCACAGCCAGCAGAACAGGCUCCUCUUAUAACCAGUGAAGAAGGUGAAGGAACGGUAUUUGAGGCCGGAGAAAAGGAGGCGAAACAGGUAAAGGAAGAGAAGAAGAGGAGGAAGAUGUCUGGGGAGGGGCUGAAGACCCGGAUGUCUUUCCUGCGGCCUGCCAUUGCUGGUGUGUGUUCACAGUGUGUCUCGAGUGUCGUGAGGAGGCAGAGUGUGGAGCACUGCUCUAUGCUGUGUGAAAUACUUGACCUGUAUGGAGGGACUCAGACCGCGACGUUGGUCUACAGAGACAACCAGAUUGCCAGUUUGUUGGGGGAGAGUGGGGAGACCACUGGUAGCGGUAGAGGAGAUGGUGCAGGGGGAGAAGAGGAAGUGAAGAAGGAGGACGGUGUGAGGGUGGUGGAAGGGGGGGAGAGAGAAGCUGGAUCUAUCACUGAGAUCGUUGUUUGUCUCAGUGGUUGUCUCUUGAGAGCAAUAGACUGGGAGUGUUAUUAG